AUGGCUGACAAGUACCCCAACCGGCCCUUGAUUGUCCUGGGCACCGCCGGCAUCGGCGACGCGACUGCCGAUACAAACGUGCGCCUCGACACACCCGAGGAGGUCGGGCCCUUCUUCGACGAGUUCUACAACCGCGGCUACCGCGUCGUCGACACCGCUCGCAACUACCCGCCCGGCGCCCCUGGGACGGCAGAGCCGCGCAUUGCGCGCCACAACACGGACGGCCGCUUCGUUGUCGACACCAAGGUCUUUUCGUUCACGCCGGGCGACCACAACGCCGAGGGCCUGGCCAAGAGCAUCGACGGAUCCAUCGAGGCGCUCGGCGGCCACCCCAUCAACAUCGAGUACCUGCACGUGCCCGAGCGCACCACGCCCUUUGCCGACACCCUCGCCGCCCUGGACACGUUCCGGAAGCAGGGCAAGUUCAGCAAGGUGGGUCUCUCCAACUACCGCCCGGAGGAGGUGCAGCAGCUGCUGGACAUCAGCAAGGACAAGGGCUAUGCGCCGCCCGCCGUCUACCAGGGCUGCUACAACCCCAUCUCGCGCAGCAUCGAGACCACGCUGUUCCCGGUGCUGCGCGCCAACAACGUCGCCUUUUAUGCCUACAGCCCGGCCGCCGGCGGCAUUUUCGGCGACAAGAAGCGCCCCGGCGGCCGCCUGGAGUCGUCCGGCAUCGUCGGUUCCAUCUACCGGGAGAUGUACGACCGCCCCACCAUCACCGCCGCCGUCGACCGCGUGCGCGCCGUGGCCAAGGAGCACGGCAUCCCCGGCCACGAUGCCAGUCUGCGGUGGACCGUGUACCACAGCCAGUUGUCGGGCGCGCACGGCGACGCUGUCAUUGUGGGCGCGGCCACGGUCGAGCAGCUGAAGAAGUCUCUGGAUGCCAUCGACGCCGGGCCGCUGCCGCAGGCGGUCGUGGAUGCUGUGAAUGCCAUCAACGACUCGAUUGAAGAGGUGGACAAGCAGCCGUACCACAAGUUUUAG